UUAGUUGGCAUCCAUGGACUAUACUUUCCACGAACCUCUUUCGUUUUCUCCAUUAUUUAGCCUUCUGGGCUCCUUCACUUCUCCUCAUCUCCAACUCAGUUUGAUAUCUCUUUCUCUCUAAUCUUAUCUUCCUCGAUUUCAUUCAAGAACAAGGAGAUUCAGGAAAUGGCAGGACGAAAGGCAGUCGAUUUUGAAGAUUUCUUGCCGACUAUGGCCGAGAAAUUAGGUGGGGAAGGAUUGAUUGGAGAGCUCUGUAAUGGGUUUCGGUUAUUGAUGGACCCUGUCAAGGAACUCAUCACAUUUGAAAGCUUGAAGAGGAAUGCUGCUCUACUGGGGUUGCAGGGAUUGAGUGAUGAUGAAUUGUUGUCUAUGUUGACAGAGGGUGAUAUGGACGGUGAUGGUGCUCUUAACCAGAUGGAAUUUUGUGUUUUGAUGUUUAGAUUAAGCCCUGAAUUGAUGGAGGAGUCUGAGAGUUUGUUGGAAGAAGCUCUGAUACGGGAAUUGAAGAAUCCAUAGAUGGGUUCUUCUUUUACCCUUUCCUCUUUUCUUCUGUAAAUUUUAUUUUUGUUCAAUAUUUUUUUCCCAAUUGUUUCCCACUCUUUGGUGGCAAUGAAAAUAAUGGAAGCAUCCUUUCAGAAUUUCUGUUACAAA